UGAGUUCUCUCCAGUGCUGGAUGGGAAGACAGAAGGGCAGGCUGUUGGAAGACAGGCACAAGUGCUACUGAAAUGCAAAUCUCUGUGUAUCUGGGAAAGGUCUGGUACUGUACUGGAAGACUGGGUCAGCGACCACUUUGCUGGGUCCCAUUAGCAAUCUCAAACAGUAAGGGAGGUGCUCUUGUAAUUCAAGACUCAAUGGCCAAUCAGGGCGGAGAGAUGGACCCGCCAGUCAGGAGAGGAGGCGGGAUCUUCCGGGUGAGUUGCCGCAGCUUCAGCACUGUAGCUGAGCCGGCUUGAGAAGUUCCGUUUUUCUGUGAACGCUGCUGCUGGGUUCUGUGAGAGAAGCUCUUGCAAGCUUCUAAUUCGCGACAUGAAUGGAAUGACCUAUGAUGAUGUGCAUGUAAAUUUCACCGGAGAAGAAUGGGCUUUGCUGGAUCUUUCUCAGAAGAGGCUGUACAAGGACGUGAUGCUGGAAACCUACAGGAAUCUCACUGCUAUAGGUUACAGUUGGGAAGAUGGUAAUACUGAAGAACAUUGUCAACGUUCUAGAAGACAUGGAAGGCAUGAAAGAAGUCAUACUGGAGAAAAACCUUCUGUAUAUACUCAAUGUGGUAAAGUGUUUGCAUAUCACAGUCAUUCUCAAAAACAUGACAGAAUUCAUACUGGAGAGAAACCCUGUGAAGGUAUUCAACAUGAUAAAGCCUUUGCACAUCACAGUCAUUUUCAAAGGCGUGCAAGAACACAUACUGGAGAGAAACUUUAUGAAUGCAAUCAGUGUGGUAAAGCCUUUGCACAUUGUAGUUACCUACGAAAGCAUAAAAGAAUUCAUAGUGGAGAGAAACCCCAUGAAUGUAAUCAAUGUGGUAAAGCCUUUGCAUGUCAUAGUAAUCUCCGAAUACAUAAAAGAACACAUACUGGGGAGAAACCCUAUGAAUGUAACCAGUGUGGUCAAGCCUUUGCAUUUCAAGGUAAUCUCCGUUUACAUGAAAGAACACAUACUGGAGAGAAACCCUAUGACUGUAAUCAAUGUGGUCAAGCCUUUGCAUCACACAGUCAUCUCCAAAUACAUAAAAGAACGCAUACUGGAGAGAAGCCCUACAAAUGUAAUCAAUGUGAUAAAGCCUUUUCACAAGGCAGUUCCCUACAAAUACAUAAAAGAACACAACUAGAGAGAAACCCUAUGAGUGUAAUCAAUGUGGAAAAGCCUAUAUAUGUCACAGUAGCCUCCGAAUACAUAAAAGAACACAUACUGGAGAGAAGCCCUAUGAAUGUAAUCAAUGUGGUAAAGCCUUUGCAAGUCACAGUACUCUCCGAAUACAUAAAAGAACACAUACUGCAGAGAAACCCUAUGGAUGUAAUCAAUGUGGUAAAGCCUUUACAAGGCACAAUAGUCUCCAAAUACAUAAAAGAACACAUACUGGAGAGAAACCGUACAAAUGUGAUCAAUGUGAUAAAGCCUUUUCACAACAAGGUCAUCUCAGAAUACAUAAAAGAACACACACUGGAGAGAAACCUUAUGAAUGUAAUCAGUGUCAUAAAGCUUUUGCACGUCAUAGUCAACUUCAAAUUCAUGAAAGAAUUCAUACGGGAGAGAAACCUUACAGGUGUAAUCAAUGUGAUAAAGCUUUUGCACAGUAUGGUAGUCUUCAAAUACAUAAAAGCACGCAUACUGCUGAGAAACCCUACAAAUGUAAUGAAUGUGGUAAAGCUUUUUCACAACACAGUUAUCUCCGGAUACAUAAAAGAAUACAUACUAGAGAGAAACCCUAUGAAUAAGCAAUGUGGUAAAGCCUUUAUGUGUAGUCUUCGAAAUCAAGACCAAAUUCAUACUGCAGAGUAACCCUAUAAAUUUAGUCAGUGUGGUAAUAUUUUGCACUUAAUGGCAUUCAUAAUGUGAGAGUAAAAUGUUUGGUGUUAUCUAUCUGUUAAAGCCUUUGCACAUGACAGUAGUUUUGAGUGCUGAAAAAACUUAUACUGAAGGUACUCUAUGACUAUAAAGGAUUUGGUAAGAUAUUUAGCCCAUACAUUUACAUUAAGUUACAGAAGAUUAUUAAUGCAGGGGGAAUAAAUCUGACAAGUGUCAACAGCAUAUUCAAGCAUUAUUAUGUUCCUCUUUAUUAUGCCCUGAUGACCUGGAAGAAAUAAAAGAUUGAUUACAUCAGAAGUAUUUGAGGCCUUGGUGCUUUAAAGAAAUUUCAGAGUCCGAAUCUCUACAAAAUGAUGAAGAGUGAAAAGAAAGAUAAGGAGAGAAACUGACAAGUCUUAAAAUGUGGCUGACUACUUGACCAAUGCCACAAGAAGUUUAUCUCAAAUAUGGUGAAAAGGUAGCAAUGGGAACCCACAAGGAAAUAUGUACAUUGUAUGCCUGCUGGAGUUUAUAACUCCUAUAAGGAGAGAAAAGGAAUUUGCAGGCAUGAAGACUGACUUGUCAGACUAGGAUGGUGUUCUGUUUCUCUGAAGCCUACAUAAUUCUGUUCAGAGGAUAUCAGGAGAUCCUGAGACUUAAACAGAAGUCACUCUAAGACUAGGGCAAUCAUGCCUUUGCAAAGCGCUGUGAGAGGUAUGAAUGAUCUAUGAGGGGGAGAGCUUUCAAUAUAAAAGCCAACGGAUCAAAAGACUAGAGGGCAAUGCUUAGUUUGUACCUGAGAACAAACUGGCUCCUACUGUGCUCUCUACAUCCACUUAGCUGUGGUGGGUCAGCUCAUCCAGGUCUUCCACUCUUUCCUUUUUCUUGGCAACUACAAUAUAGCUUCCAGUGAGAGCAUUGUGCUUCUUUCCUGGCAGUUCUUACCCAUUCAUUAAUCCCUGGAAAGAGUAAGGAUGAUCUAAAGAGAUCUAUCUCUCCCUUUGGCUAACAAUUAGUGAAACAGUGGAGUGCAUGAAAUUCAAAUAUCCUAGGUAAUCACAUUCUGGGUAAGACUGAGUUCUCUAGAGAAGGCUUCUGCUGAAGAAACUUUUGCACAUUGCAGGAAACAGAGGAGCUAAGAAUGGGUAGGGUUUAAGGUAUGGCUGGAGAAUUCUUACACUGCUUGGAUUGGUUACUUACUUUGCAUCUAUUUCUUUCCUUCCAUCUAAAUAUCUUAUCACUCCCAAGGAUUGAAUAGUUUGCUUCUGUGGCAUUGUUCCAAUUUAAUCACACUUAAUAAAUAUCAUGUUUCUAAUUUUCAUGAUAAAUUUGCUUUUUUA